AUGCCUCCAGCUCAAAACACCUCUAUCACCGGAUGGGCACCAGAUAUCCAGGACAACGGCCUUUGCAACUUUGCUUGUACCAGAGACUAUUGUCCUUCGCCGGUAUGCCUCGAUUCGACCCCUGACGAUGCACCCUGUGGACUUGAUUACGACAGUGAGGACUGCCCCGGCGAUUUCCCUUGCGAUUUCAGCAUCAACUACUCCUCGCUCGAUGCGCUGGAAGCAGACAUUGGCAUGUUGGAUCCCUACUGUGUCGACUUCUACAUGCUCAGUGCAUUGUAUGGAGAAUUGGAGACGACUUUGGCAAAUUAUACGAGCAUUGCUGAUACGACCAACUACGACGACGACUUCAAAGAGUACGCCAAAUACAUGAAGGAGCAAGUUCAACCUCAACUCAUGUAUUUCAUGAACAUCAGCGAGGUCAUCGGUUCACCCAAUGGCGUGGGGAAUCGGUUUUUCGAAUGUACCUACAACUUCAACGGCAUAAAUAAAUCAAGGACUGCCUGUCCAGAUGAGUAUAUUGGGUCGGAUCAACAGACUCAUAUCAUCUACUACGAUAUUAUGGACAGAGAAGGCUUCUUUGCCAAUCUUACCGCAGACAUAGGCGUGGAGCCGGACUGGGUCACCCUCGAUGGUGGCUUGUUCCUUGGCACCAAAGAGGUGCCUUACUAUGGUACCAGCAGGCCUGACUGUAAUGUCUCUGACCCUCGGGAUAUCAUGAAGCAGGCGUUGCCAAAUAUCCCCAAUCUCCAGCUCUCGAUCAUUCUCACCCUGCUGAACAUCGCCUCCGGAGGCUUUGACGGCGUGAUCGAUGAUGUUGUUCAGUCCAUCGCUACCGCUGUCUUUACGCUAGGUGAACUGGUUGAUCGCAUUUACAACGUUGUCGACAUUGGUGAGAAGGUCGCCGCUGAAGAGAAGAAAGAAAAAAUCCUGCAGAUCAUUGGUGGUGUGUUUAUGGCACUUCCUUUCCUGGGCCCGCUUUCGGGGCUUGGGGAUAUCAUUGAAGGCUUCGAUGCACUACUCGCUUUGACGGGGACGGUUGCAAAUGAAGCGUUCGAUAUCUACACCAUAGUACAGAACCCGGAGAGUGCUCCAGUGGCGAUUCUCAGUAUGUUGCUGGGCUUUGACGCCGGUGGGGCUGUUGGUCAAAUCAGUGAGAAAUCCUUGGGAGCGUUUGAAUACGAUUCUCUCGCUGCCAUGCGGCGGAACAUGAAAAGCGACGAAAUAAAGGGGAUAAGAAAUUUGUUUGAACAGAAGAUGAGUCGAGUUGAGCUCCUUGAGCGAGUGCUCGAGGCGUUGAGUUUUCAAGGCAUGCAGCUACUGCUUGUAUCAAUAUAA